UUGCGGACCGUGGCCCUAAUAAACGUAAGGUUAAAAUGAGGGCCAUAGCCGAAGAUCUUUUCGACGAGGCAGACACUGGCGAUUCCGAUUAUAAAUUUGUCAACGAAGACAGCAGUGGCCAAGACGACAUUAAUAGCGAUACUGACGACACUGUUGUUAGUGAUAAACACUUUAGCACCACCGUUAAUGAGCCUGCCGAAAUUUCUGAUGCCGACUUUGCCGACAUAGACAAUGAGCCUACACCUGAAGAAAAUAAUGAAGAAAAAAUUAGAGAAUUUUUGAAAAAAUGGAAACUCGACGAUCCGGGUGUUUGUUGUAUAUGUCUUGAAAACUCGACAACUGAAGAUAACAUGCUAGUAUAUUGUGAUGGAGAUGAUUGUGAGGUUGUUUGUCAUCAGGAAUGCUAUGGAAUUGUACAUUUACCAGCUACUGAUGAACCUUGGUAUUGCGAUAAGUGUUUGGCAAAGCCUGGUGAAACUGUGACAUGCGCACUUUGUCCUAAACAAAGUGGCGCAUUUCGUAGAAUGAAGGAUGGAGAUAAAGCUGGGACCUGGGUUCACCUCGUAUGUGCACUCUGGAUGCCUGGUAUGUGGAUUGGGAAAACAGCAGAAAUGAGCGAGAUUACAAUAGAAAUAAUUGAUCAAAAAAAUUGGAACAAG